GUCCUCGUGUAUGGCUAUAAACCCGGCGUGUGAAACAUCACUUGUCUGCGAUUUCGUUGGGAGAAAGUUGUUUAAAGGUCAUAAGGUCUUUGACAUGGCCCAUAAUUGAUUAUGAGCACUGGCCAACACAACAUGUUAUAAAACAAGGAAUGAAUGCACAUAUGGAGGAAGGUUUUACGGAGGAAGAUGCCGUGAUAAAUGUGGAGUUACACUUAAUCAUGACAUUUCCUGAAUGCACAAGCAUCACAUGUAUUAACGCAGAACAUUUCCUUAAGGCAAUAUACUGGCGGUCCGGUGUAGUGUGUGAGAUAAGGACGCAACAAUAUGACACCCUAUCUCUCGAUCGAGUGUCACAAUGCGAUGUGUGUCAAAACCCGAGUAUUGAUGAGACAUUGGAUAGCUAUUUUUUCCGUACAUAUGGUGGAAUGCCAGGACGCGGCACGAGUUGUAAAGGAACAGAGCGAUCAUUUAUGAAUCACCACGGUCAUGACACCCACAGGUGGGGUACUCGUAAAGGACCAAUAUGCCGUAUAGACAUUGAUUAAUAUCUUCAAAUUUAAGG